AUGAACAAAGUGAAGGUUUUGGUGGUGGGAGGAACAGGGUACUUGGGUCAGCAUCUGCUACAAGCCUAUGAUCAUGCCAUUCCCAAUGCCAAUGGAACUCCUUUUGCUUUCGAUGUCGCUUUCACCCACCAUUCUUCUUCUCCUCCCCAUCCUCUCUUGGAUGCAAUUCCUUCCUCCCUUCCUAUCCAAGUUGAUUUGAAAACUGGCGUUGGAUUUGAAGCCAUUUCCAGCACUUUUGGUCAGCCUGAUGUAGUUGUCAAUUGUGCUGCCAUCUCAGUUCCCCGUGCUUGUGAAAUUGAUCCUGUUAAUGCUCAUGCUAUUAACGUGCCAUCAUCUAUUGUACAAUGGUUGCAAAGCUUUGAAGAGAAAACUACUCUUCUAAUUCAUCUUUCCACAGAUCAAGAGGGCAAGCAAAUGCAAUUGUUACUUAAUGUUGGUGGAGCUGACAGGGUUUCACGUGUUCAAAUGGCUGAGGCUGUUGCACAAUUUAGAGGGUUGAUCGAGGAUGCACUUACACUGGUGAAUUGCCUUCCAAUUGCAAAUGGCGUGUUUGUAUAUUCGUUAUCCCACUUUUCAAUGAAAAUGAAGGGAAAGACAGAAAAUAUUGUCUCUGGAUUAGUUUGUGCUGAGGCCGUGUCUGGGAUUAAUGAGGUUUAA